AUGCAGUACUCAUUAGUCAGCGAGGGACGGUUAAUUCUACUCUUUGACAUCGAUCGACGAGCGGCAGCCGGCAAAGACACAACGAUGGUGCUACCUCUCAACAAGACCCAACUAUUAUUCUUGGAGGCCCAACCGCACAACAGCGCUACAGUCGAAUCAUUGAAUCUCAACGAUCAUAUCGGGACAGUCGUUCAGGUCACCAUCAGGAGCAAGAACGCAAGUCCUUCGAAGGCGGAACUGGCUAUAUUCGCUAUAGAACAGCGCGAUAUCACGACGGCUAUAGAGACGCUACUACUUGGACAUGUUAAUGGUUCCGACUCGAAGAAGCUUCCCAAACGCGUGAUCAUCCGAGAAGACAGGCUGCUGGGAUACGUUCUUGUUGGCGAGCGACAGGAAUGGACGUACGGGCGACGUAAACAAUUCUACUGGGGCAGACAUCCGUUAAGGAGUGGCGAAGACAAAUGGGUAUUCUACUUCGAGACCACGAAAUUGCAGGUUAACUAUGCAGGGCGUCGAGUCUGA